UCGCAUUUUUUGGCGGCCAUUACAACGAGAGAAAACGGCGGCAGAGUUUAGUGCACAAAUUAAUGCGUAAACAAACGACACCGACAAAUAACACACGCGCUGUCGCCUAAACACCUAUAAAGAGCACAAGGAACAGCACCGAAAAUGUCCGCGAGCGCUGCCAGAGUCUACAUCCAAGUCGAGAGCGAGGCCGAGCAGCAGGAGCACCUAAAGCAACAACGAAAGACUUUGAAGCCUCUGCAGGGCAACGUUAACGACAAGGAGAACCGAACCUCCAUCGUGGAUCAGCUGAGCCGUCUUAAGGCCGGCGUUCAGAUCACGCCAAAGUAUGGGAAGCGCAAAUGCGUAGACUCGUCCACUGCGGCAUCGCCAUCGACAACAAAGGACGCAGACACACAAACGGAGCCAGAGUCGACGACGCGUCGAGAUGUCGAUAAGCCUAUCACAGCGGAGGAUCUAACCAGCGAGAGCGAGCCAGGUGAAAACUAUUACAAACUAUUAGCGGAGCAGCGGCGACUGGCAUUGGAAGAUUCUCUAACCGAGAACCGACAUCUGCACGAACGCAUCGAGGGACUGGAGGAGGAGAUGGACACGAUGCGCCAGGAACUGGAUGAGGCCAAGAACCUGGUGGAGGUGCUCAAGGAAAUCUGCGACGAGGACAACAGUGAGGUGGAAGAGAACGACGAGGCUGCAGGUGGCGACCAGGAGUAAACGAAGCCAAGGCUGCACACCGCACUGCAUACGUUUUGUUAGCUUAAGAUUUUACAAUUAGUUUUAGUUAAAUAUUUUUCUCCUUAAUAAUUUAUCCCAUUUACGCCAGCUAACACUAAAACGGACUGGUCUCAAUGUACUCCAGCAAUAUAUUUACUUGUUACCAAACGCCAGCUAUGUUAUGUUCCCAAUAAAGUUGAUGCAGUAAGCUAA